ACACUGACCUCCACCACCACCACCGCCGCCGCCACCGCCACAGCUCAGACUUAGCAACAAAGCAGAGAAGGAGAAUAAACAGGCCGCCAGUCCAAUACUCCCGCAGACAAUGGCCGCCGUUCCGCCCCCGCCCCCGCAAUGGGUCCUCGACCUCAACUCGACGCCCGCAUCCAGGCCCAAGAAUGCCUCGCUCGCAGACCCCCCCGGCUACACGGCCUCGCUCACCAAGAAGGAGCGCUCCCAGGCCUCCAAGAACCAGCGCGUGCCCCCGACGGCCGAGGAAAUGGACACGCUCAAGAUGAAGAAGGCGUGGGAAGUCGCCAUUGCCCCCGCCAAGCAGCUGCCUAUGAACGCCUUCGGAAUGUACAUGACGGGCAACACGCUCCAGAUCUUCUCCGUCUUCAUGGUCUUCACCCUCUUCAAGACGCCCGUUUUGGCCGUCCUCGGCCUCCAACGCACCUUUGCUCCCUUCGAAACCCCCGGCACCGCCGGCCGCCUGCUCGGCGUCAAGCUCGUCUACAUUGCCUGCAACCUGCUCAUGUUGGCACUGGGUAUCUGGAAGGUCAAUGCAAUGGGUCUAUUGCCAACAACACGGUCAGAUUGGCUGGCAUGGGAGAGCGAAAGGGACUGGUCAGAAAGAGCAGUGCCUCAAGAGUGGCUGUAGGAAUAUACAUACGACUGAAUGCAUGCUGAGAAUACACAAAUAUUCAUGCGCCCUUGGAACGCUACGCUCACGCUUUCAAAGAUAUUCGACCUUGUUGCGCGUCAUCUUCCUUUUUCGUCUUUCGACAAUACUGCUAAACUACAGCCUAAUUA